UAAGGCUCGAAUUUUCUGCCAAUAAUAUAUUUACAUUUGAAAAAGAUUUUGAAUUGUCAAAAAUGGCAAACAGCUCUUUACAAGCAGUCGGCCUUGUACUUAGCGUCAUAGCUGCCGUGUGUACAACCCUGGCAGUUAUUCUACCAGAAUGGAGAAAGAAUGAUCCUAAAGGUGAAGUCAUAGAGGCGGUUGUUCGUCAUCAAGGUAUUUGGUUGAGGUGUACUUCUUACUCGACUGGUAUUUGGCAAUGCGAUGACUUUGAUGCUUUCUUUCUCGGUCUCCCUGCUCAGUUGCAGGUAGCCAGAGGUUUGGCGCUUUGUUCCGUAGUGUUCGGUUUCUUCGGGAUUAUGUUGUCAAUCUUCGGUAUGGAGUGCACAAGGUGUAUUGAGAAUAACCCGAAGACAAAGACUAGAAUCGCUCUCAUCGCGUCUGGCUUCUUUAUCGCUUCUGCAUUGAGUAUUGGGAUCGCCGUGUCUUACUAUGCGAGCCAGGUCGCGCAAGAGUACACGGCCUCCAGCAUUCUACUUGUCAAUGACCUUGGACAAAGAUACGUGUUCGGUUCAUCUCUCUUCCUAGGAUGGGCUGCCAUGGCGAUUGGAGUCCUUGGAGGAGCAGUGAUGAUGUGUGGAAGCUUCUACGUUGAUAAGGAGGAGGAUGAAUAUUGGAACAAAGGAAGAGUAGGACGAGGAGUCAGGAGAAUGAGGAGCAGCUUCCGUCAGAGCUUCAGACCAAGAGUUACAAAGGAUGCAGAUUACGUCUAAUUUUCAAAGGAAUUGCUACUAACAAGUUCAAGCUGUUUGUAGAAAACACAUUUAAGUUGUUUUAUUGUGGCAAACUGCUCGUUUAAAUCAACGAAUUUCGUGCGGGCUGCGAUCUGUUAAAGUUGUUUGUUUUGUAUUUAAACCAGCAAAUGUUUUGGCAACGAUAAGGCCAAAUUACUUAUAGAGCUAUUCUUAGACCGUUACUUCAUCACUUUUUUCUAUGUAUUCUUUAUCAAGAUACUUUGUUAUUUUUUUCAUCUUCUAAUUUUGAACCAAAACUUUUUUGGCGGUUGAACCUAAUCCGUGUAUAUUGAAGCAUAGUUUUUCCUAUUCUUAGCUACUGGCCGUAGGCUGCUUUGCAGCGUGUGUUUUGUAAAGCCUUUAAAAACAAGGAGUAGUAAAUAGAAAAAUCAUUAAACACUUUUUUUUCUUUAAAACAGUGUUUCAGUACUGUUUUUAAGUGUCGAAUUAAUGUAACCUAUCU